AGAAGAAAUUAUCAACAUUUAUGCAAACACAGAAGUGCACAAGAAAAUCAAACCCUGUUAAUUUGAAGUGCAACCUAUUCUCAGUGAAAGUUUAAUCAUAUCCACAUUACUGUAGAGCAUAUAUAAUGUCACUUAAAAGGAAAAGUGUGGGAGGUACACCAAGUGGAUCACGGGCUAGACAGGCUUUCAAGAGCCCUUUCAGAUCUCCUGAUACCUCAGAUGUCAGCAGUCCCUUAUUAGAUGAAAAUGCAAGUAGUACAUUGAUUCAGCAGAGAACUCAGAAAGUUGAGAAUAUAAACAAAAAUUUAGAUAAUUUUGCUGAAAGAUGCCAAGAAACACCAGACAGUUCUAAGAAACAAACAUCACAUGACUCACAGCUGAGGGAAGCUUCUGUAAGCAACUCAACUCCUCGAAGAGUUGUGGUAGGCAGGUCCCGUCAGAUCAUAGAUUCCUGUCGCAGAAAAGUAAUUCCACGACAAUUUAAUGUUCCUUUUCGAAGUCCGAGCAUAAGUCCAGUUUCACAGCAAUCAGUAUCCCAGGAGCAACAGCUAACCCAGCUCUACAAGCAAGAGGCUGAAAUGGAUGAAGAAAUAACAUCUCUCAAAAACAGUGGUUACAAUAUUGAAGAACUUCAAAGUCACAUAGAAAAUCUCCAUCAGUACAAUGAGAUCAAAGAUGCAGCUCAGCUUGUUAUGGGUAGACUGGCAGAACUAGAAGGAGUGACUAUUAAAGAAAUGCAUGAGAGAUACAGAGUUUCUGGAUUGGAAUAGAGAUUUCUGGUCUGAAGGACUGUGAUUAGUAUAAACAUUUGUAUAUAUCCUGUACAUGACAGUAAGCAGUUUAAGUUAGCAAAUACAGUACAUGUUAAAAGGAUCAUCCUUAUAUAAAGGAAUGGCAGUCAAAAAGGGAAGAAAGAGUCAGAUAUGGGUUUGGAUAUGUUAUAGCAAGACACAUUAAACUUUUAGGUGUUACACUUGCUAAAAUCUGAUCACUUGUGGUACAGUAGUAAUUGGUUUCUUUUGUAUUGUUAGAAUUUCUCUGCCAACUUAUAUUUUGAGAUUCAGUGAAUUACAGUACAAGAAUACAGUACCUACAUUUGUUUAAAAAUUAGAGACUCUUAAAGGACUUUCAGCUCUCUCACCAAGUACUUCCUCUGCAAAGGAUCACCAAUGCACACUCAUUGGAAUCAUUAUAUUAGCGUUAUACAAAUAUUUCAGUAAUACGGUACCUGUAAUACCAAUAAAUACUGUAGAAGGGAACUUUCUGAGUAUUGAUAAAUUUUGGGGAGCUCCAUUUAACAAGUUUAAGUCCUUCUUUAUUGGAAACCAAAGCUGUGUACUGUAUGACAGUGUACUGUACCGUACCACAGUUUUGGUAUGUGGUGAAAAAGACGUUAGUGGUUUUGGUUAAUGAAUGCUAUAUUCAGUACUACUGUAUAGUACAGUUCAGGUAUAUUGAUGACAUCUUUUAAUCCCUAAAUGUUUAUAUAUACUAUACAGUAUAUACAAUCAUUUUUUGUUAUGUUUUGUCUUGAAAGGUUCAUAUUAUUUGUCCCUGUGAAAAUUUUGAAGUACAGUACUGUAGAUAUAAAAAUUAAAUUUUACAAGCUUUUCUUGAAUGAAUUAUCUUUUGCA